UGGUAGUCAGCGGUAACAUUUCGUACUUUUCCAGACUUCGCAAUGCUGACAAUACUCCCAACACCGUGCAAAAAAAGAAGGACCAUCACAAGGCAAAAUUAGCUCUUUACUAUUUAUCGAUUUCAAGGAAUAAUAUAAAAAAGAACUCUUUUUUUCUAAGAGUCUACAUUAUUUCAGAGUAAGGGUUUUCAACGUUACAUUUAGCGGGCGUGUAUGCUUGAACAUGCCCAAUGUUUGAGGAGCAAAAUUGCAACAUAUGCCGCUUAUCCACAAGGCCCGACGAUGUGUGGGACAGGGGAAUUGGUCUGUUAAAUAUGGAAAAUCUGUGUUUCUUGUUCACGAAUUCAAAAUAACAGCAGCCAAAUCAUGAAGUUUGUUUUAAAACAACCUGACCUGAUAAGGAGCUAGCUAGCCUAGUAGUUGCUAUAGCUAGCUAACCGUUUAUUACGAUGGCCCUGAAGGCUCAGAUUGUGCGCGGUGUUCUUACGGUGGCCUCUAUCUGCCAACAAUAAAACACUUCAAAGAAACCAUAGCUAGCUACAGAGUUUUUGCAGUAAACAUUUAAAUCGAUUGUCAACUCUGAAAAAAGAUUACUUAGUCAACGCUAUCUGUACAAAUUGCACACUUAGCGAAUGAUAUGUAUGUAAAUUGCACACUUAGCGAAUGCUAUCUGUACAAAUUGCACACUUAGCGAAUGCUAUGUAUGUAAAUUGAUCACUUAGCAAAUGCUAUCUGUACAAGGUGAUCACUUAGCAAAUGCUAUCUGUACAAAGUGAUCACUUAGUGAAUCCUAUCUAUGCAAAUUGACAACUUAGCAAAUGCUAUCUGUACAAGGUGAUCACUUAGCGAAUGCUAUCUGUACAAAUUGCACACUUAGCAAAUGCUAUCUGUACAAAUUGAUCACUUAGCAAAUGCUAUGUAUGCAAAUUCAUCACUUAGCGAAUGCUAUCUGUACAAAUUGAUCACUUAGCAAAAUGCUAUCUGUACAAAUUGAUCACUUAGCAAAUGCUAUGUAUGCAAAUUGAUCACUUAGGAAAAUUGAUCACUUAGCGGUGACUUAGAGUCAAGUCCAACGAUGUGCAUAACCUAGUUUAGAUUUCAAAGAUUGCGGCGAAAGAGCGAGACAUGGACAAGGUAUGUUGUUAUGUUCUUUACUGAUAAAAGCUGGUUUAUUUAUAUCAUGUAUUAUUAAUUUGAAUUCGUUAAUGAUUCAGCAGUAUCAUUUUAUUAUUGAGAAAUUUUUGUUUUCUUUUUCAGUAUGGACAUGGGCGAUAUGGUGUCCAUUCCUUUGCAUACAAAUUCAGCUAGCUACAACUGAUGUUUUUUUUUAGGUAAUUCAAUAUUUAAAAAAAUUGGACCAAUCUGAGAUGACGAUUCAGAAUUUUAUCAACGAAAAGGUAAAUCUCUUGAGAGAGAUUGUUUACACCCCCGUGCCCCUUCCCCCUGCAUGAGGAGGAGCGUCUUCGCGCUAAAGAUGGUAGCUAUCUAUAUAUAAUUAUGUUUGUUUUUUUCUUGCAAUUUUGGCUGACUUUAUCCAUGUUUCCCUUUUCAGCUCACUGAGAUAGCUGUACUGCAUGCUGACGACAACAUUUUACGUAAACAUGGUGUCACCAAGGAUGGUGAUAUAAUCAGAUUAGAUUAAUGUGUUCCUUAGAUGAGCAAAUAGAAGAUCGAAAGCUUGAGUUGAAGUCCAUUAUUCAAGGUGGAUCAGCUAGACCAAAAAAAAGUAGAGUGUUGUCCCCAGUUAGGAAAAGUGUAACAAAGAAACUAAGAGUCGUUUACCUCAGUUGGGAACACUAUGAUGCGAGGAAAAUUUGCUCUAGUGAAAGGAGACAGAGGAGGUGGACUGAGAAGCAUCAAGCUUCCGUCGAAUGCAUCCUAUGAUGAUUUAUUGAAUACUUGCAAAGAGUUAUUUUGGGAGAAAAGGAACAACCCUCUUACAUUUGGUACAAGUGACGUUACUUUUUUUUUAGUUGAUAUCCGGAGGGAAGUUGUGAAUAACAUUUUAACCACCAAUGCAAACCAACAGAUCCCUUUUACAAUUGAACUGUAUUGUCAGAAAACAAAAAUGGCUAGAACCAAGUUCAUUUUCAAAACAAAGUGCAAGACAAUCCAAAUGAUACAAGACUUGACAGCACCAAUAUUUGUGAGUUCUGACAAUGACGAAUCAGAUGAUUUUGUUCCAGCUCGUGGUUUUAGAACAUCAACACCAUUGAUUGGAACUUCUCAUGAACGAGCAGAGGUAAGACAAGAGAUGGACAAUGCCUACUCUGCAUUUUUAGCAUCUGAUAGGAAGAAAGCACAAGAAAAAGCUGAUAUAGAAAAAAGAAACUUAAGGUUACAAAGCUUGAAUGCAGCACGAAAAUCAAGAGUUCCUCCUGAAGCUCUUUUAACUGAUGACCAUUGUACUAUUUCAAUACAUCACCCUGCAGAAGGUCGUAAAACACGUCUUUUUCAUGCAAGAGAAACAAUGACUGUAGUAUAUGAUUGGGCAGGAAGUUUGAGCAUUGAACCUGAACAUUAUGAUAUUUUAGAUUUUACUGGAAAAGUUAUUGUCCCAGAUUCAUCAAUUAAAUCAGGAAUGUUUCAUAUUAGAGAACGUGAUGAUCCAGUUAACAUGACAUCCUGAGCUUCAGUAGCAUUUAUGGGAUUUGGAACAGAGAGAGAGUCCACUAACGAUGCUUCUGUAACUGAACAAUCUACCUCAACAACAAGUUUAUUAUUUACAUCAUCAAAGGAGGAGUGUUUACGUGUUGUGCGCAUGUACAGCUGAGUAAACGAUUUUAGCACAUGGCAUUUGCUAAGUGUGCAAUUUACAUACAUAGCAUUUUGCUAAGUGAUCAAUUUGCAUACAUAGCAUUUCCUAAGUGAUCAAUUUGUACAGAUAGCAUUUUGCUAAGUGAUCAAUUUGUACAGAUAGCAUUUGCUAAGUGAUCAAUUUGUACAGAUAGCAUUUGCUAAGUGUGCAAUUUGUACAGAUAGCAUUUGCUAAGUGUGCAAUUUGUACAAAUAGCAUUUGCUAAGUGUGCAACUUGUACAGAUCGCAUUCGCUAAGUCAUCAAUUUGUACAGAUACCAUUUGCUAAGUGAUUAAUUUGUACAGAUAGCGUUUUGCUAAGUGAUCAAUUUGCAUAGAUGCAUUUGCUAAGUGUGCAAUUUGUACAGAUAGCAUUUGCUAAGUGUGUAAUUUGUACAAAUAGCAUUUGCUGAGUGUGCAAUUUGUACAGAUAGCAUUCGCUAAGUGUGCAAUUUGCAUACAUGGCAUUCGCUAAGUGUGCAAUUUGUACAGAUAGCAUUUGCUAAGUGUGCAAUUUGUACAGAUAGCAUUCGCUAAGUGUGCAAUUUACAUACAUAGCAUUCGCUAAGUGUGCAAUUUGUACAGAUAGCGUUGACUAAGUAAUCUUUUUUCAGAGUUGACAAUCGAUUUAAAUGUUUGCUGCAUAAGCUCUGUAUGGUUUCUUUCAAGUGUUUUAUUGUUGGCAGAUGGAGGCCACCGUAUGUUCUCAAUCAUUUACGCCUUGCAUUGCUUAGUGCGCGCUCUUCUUUAGUCAGUGCGCGCUCUUCUUUGAUUAGUGCACGCUCUUCUUUGGUCAGUGUGCGCACAGAACCAAGAACACCGCGCACAAUGUGAGCCUUCAGAGCCAUCGUAGUUUAUGCCUACAUUAAGCUAAGUAUAAUCUAUCUUUUAGUGUAUCUAAGCACACUUAGAGCUUUACUUAAUUUCUUAAUGGCAUUAUUUGUUUCUACUUUUCAGCCGUUUGUAAGUAUGAAAUUCCUGUUAAAAAUUGCUGGAAAAGUGAAGAAAAUGUCAGAAAUUGUUGUCAAAAAAUGUCAGAAAAACAAAAAGUUAAUAGUGCUAAUACCGUGCUAAACUAUAUCUAUUUUCCCCCACGGUUCGAAAGGUUCUGACGUCAUUAAGGGGAGUAAAGUAAGGUCAGGGAAAACACUUAUUAGGCGGUGGUAGGCUAAUUAGGGCAUACCACCUAUUUAGGCGACUCAUUGUAGCCUAGUUAGGCCAUAUGUGACCUAGUUAAGACAUUAUAAUAUUUAAUGGCUUUUCACACAUUCCUAAGAAAAAAUCGCAAAAAAUCUUUGUUCAGAAUGGAUAGUCUACGCGACCACGAUUCCAAAAUUGUCACUCGUGCCUGGAUAUGUUCGUGCAACUAAGAAUUAUGUUAAAAUGAAAUAUAUAACCUAAUUAGGUUAAGUGUCGCCUAUUUAGGUGACGUUUUCGUCUGCCAUAUUUAUUUUUUCCCUGCCACGUGAAUGGCUGAAAUCCAUUAUUUAAAACGUUACGUUACCAAUGUGCGAUGCAAAUAAGACGAUAAUUGUUCAAAAUUAUCUGCAAAGUGGACAGAUUUGAUUCACAUAAAAAUUGUAGUGCGAAACGCAAUGAUUUCGAUGUAUUUUCAACAGAAAGUUUUUGUUCGCCUAGUUAGACUACGGGUAGCCUAAUUAAACUACAUCACGUCGCCUAACUAAACGACUCACCUAAUUAGGUCAUGCUGCCUAAUUAGGUGUUUACCCUGACUGUAAGAACAAUAGUAAAAACAUGUUAGGAGAAAUAUCGAUUUAUUCACUCUAAUUUUUCACGUUUUUUUAUAACCAAUAAAAAAUAAAACCGGUAAACCUCAAUUCCAGCAUAGAUGGAUAGAUAGAUAGAUGUGCAUAUUUUACAUGGCUAGCUAGCCACACAAAUAUUGAGGGAUGUAUACCCUGUCUAUCAUUUUCAGGGAGGGGCCAUCAUGGAUUAGAUGUCCUAGAGUAUUUAAUGCUUAUUUUCAGGUACUCAGACCAAAUUAAGGUCCGCGCUCUACCAGACAACUUCGUGCAACAUCCAUCAGUCCACACAGUCUGUCAUCUCCCCAUUUUCCACCACAUAGCUUGGGUUAACCCGAGGCCCAUGUUAAAUCGCCACCAAGGGGAAUGGAACCCUGUUCUCCCGCACAAAGUGUGAGAGCUACAACCAUUAAGCUACGGUUCUACUAACAUAUCCAGGCAAUGAACCAGCAGCGAGGUCACACUGCAAAUAUUGUCAAUAAGCCAAAGACACUUUUAACGAGGGUGCCGACUCACUGGAAACGCUGCAAAAACCAUGGCGCUGUCGGACAACUUCUGGCGUUUUUAAAGAAAACUUAAAAUUUCGCCCAGAGAAACCUGAAUUAACCCGAAACAACAUUUUUUUAAACAUUUAUUACCAGAUGUAUAAUUUAUUCUUUUAAUGUCGAGCAGUGGUAAUGGAUGUUAGACUUAAAUCUCUGGUUAUGAUUGAGGGUUGGUAAAUGAAAUAAGAACACGUAUAUUUAUAUUAACAUAAUUGUCUGUCUUCUGCAUAUUACAGAAGUCUGUAGAUACAUUUUACAGUACAGCUACCACACCAUUAUAGCGCAUUAUUCGCAUAUCGGCGCAUAACCUCAUGAUUCAGGUACCCAGUACCAAACAUAAACAUAACGGUAGACUAAUAGUCAUAUACUCAACAGUGGAAGUUCUGAAAAAACUGUUUUAUAUCAUUUAUUUAAUAAAUAUAGCUGUAAUAAAAUCCCACAAAUAAUAAACUAAGAGUAAAACGACAAAAUUUAAAUGAGAACAAUGAGCCUCUACAUUUCGGGCGGUUUCGAACGGGCCGAAAACCUUUUAAAAAAAACGAAAAAACACCUGCGGACGCCCUAACAUAUAUAUGGCGUUUUUGGCGAGUCGGAACCUCGUCAUUCUCAGUCUCCCGUGGCUGUUUAUUUUUUGUUGCCAUUUGCUGUUGGUUAUGUUUGCUUGUUAGCUAUGUAUGGUUAAAUUUGUGAAAAUGGUUAUUUUAAAACAAAUUUUUACAAAAUUGCAUAUUCUAUAGACAGUAAAAUUUUUUUGUUAUAUAUUACAUCAUCUAAAUCAGUGCAAACUUGUUUAAUGUGCACUAGAAGUAAGAAAUUUUAGUUUUAUCACAUUUGGGGUAUUUUUGGCUCUGCCCCUAAACAGAGGGAGGCAAGGGGGAUUCUAAAGCUAGUAAAGCAGGGAUAAAUUGAUAUGUUAGUGGUCCCU